AUGUCUAUUCCUAUCACAUCACCUGUCUGGAUCGAGGUGACCUCAAGCUAUCCCCUGAUUGGCAUUGCUGCGCCAACCGUCCACAAGGCUUUCCUCAUUCGUUGGGUUACCAUUUUCAGUGCCCCCUCCAAUAUCACGACUGACCGUGGUGCCCAAUUCGAAUCUAACCUCUUCCAGUCUCUUCUCUCAUUUUUAGGCUGUGCUCGCAUCCGCGCCACAGCCUAUCAUCCGGCAGCCAAACAGAUAUUCGAGGGGUUUCACCGCCAGCUAAAAGGCAUGCCUACGCUCCACAGACGACCCGGACAACUGGACGGACCACCGCCCUCUGGUCCUGCCAGGCAUCCGCCCCCACUCAAGUCGAACCUUGACUGUUCAGCCGCUAAAGUGGUGUUCGGCGCCACCGUCCGAUUGCCCAGUGAGAUGAUCUCUCCAAGUUCGCGAGAUGCGGCCGAGGAUCCUACCUAUCUCUUGCUCCGUCUCCGGCAACUCAUGUGGACACUUUCUCCGGUUCCGCCCAGGCCAUCCGUCUUCGAGUCCUACCUGUAG